CUUUUGUUGUUAGAAAGUCGUGUUAUUUACUCGCCGAUUAUAAAAAGUUCACAAGAACCUGCAGAGGUUAAUAUUCCGUUUUAUUAUCCAAAGGUAUCAUGUCUUAGCUAUGUUUAUGCAGAAUAUAAGAGAGCCUACAAUACAGAUAUGGCCGAUUACAAUGAUUUAAAUGAUAAUGAUUGUCAAUCUUGGUUGUAUAUUGAAAUUGUUCCUUUAGCAUCUAGCAAUAUACUUGAUAUCUCGGACAAAAUGAAAUACGCAUACACACAAUUAUUUAAAAAACUGUUCAAAUGGUGUCAUAACACAUCUAUUGGUUACCAAAAACGAGUUCACCAUGAUUUACUGAUACCGAAAGAUUUAUACAUGCAAACAUACAAAUAUUUAAAAGAAAAAUAUGCCAAAGAAUUAGUCAGAAAUUGGACAGAGAAAACAGACCCAGCAAAAUUUGUAUUUGAGGAUAUUGCAAUUGCAAGUUGGUUAAUUUCAUUAUGGAAAUUAGAAAGAGAGGAAAAAUCUCAAACAAGGCUACAGUCAUUUGUUGAUUUAGGAUGUGGAAAUGGUUUAUUGACAUUUUUGCUUGCAUCUGAGGGACAUGAGGGAGUAGGCAUUGACGUAAGAAAAAGAAAAAUCUGGGAUGCAUUUCAAGAUAAGGGAUCUAAAUUAAUAGCCGAAACAUUGCAACCAAACGUUGUAAUUUAUCCAGAUGCAGAUUGGAUAAUUGGAAACCAUGCUGAUGAACUUGUUCCUUGGAUACCAAUAAUAGCCGCAAGGUCUUCAAAUAAUACAAAGUACAUAAUUUCUAAUGGAAAGUAUAAAGCAUAUCAAGAAUAUAUUCACGAAAUAAUUGAUAAAUGUGGAUUUAUUGUUGAAUAUGAUUGGUUAAGAAUACCUAGCACAAAAAAUGUUGCUAUG